GGAUUAUGUAGUUGGAAACAAGUCCUAUGCCAGUCAUGCCUAUAGCAAAACUACCUGUAUUUCACAAAGAGGAGGAGCGGAGAGUGAAAGCCAAUGAUCCUGAACAUAAUGAAAAAUUUCAGUAUGCUAACAAUCGCAUCAAAACGUCUAAAUACAACAUUCUUACUUUCUUGCCAGUUAAUUUAUUUGAACAGUUCCAGAGGGCUGCAAACGCUUAUUUCCUUUUCCUUCUGAUUUUACAGCUGAUCCCAGAAAUAUCCUCCUUGUCUUGGUUUACUACCAUUGUGCCUUUAAUGAUGGUAUUUACCAUAACUGCUGUCAAAGAUGCCACAGAUGACUGUUUUCGCCAUAAGAGUGAUAACCAGGUGAACAAUCGACAGGCUGAAGUACUCAUUGAUGGCAGAUUACAGAAUGAAAAAUGGAUGAAUGUAAGACCAGGUGACAUCAUUAAACUGGCGAAUAAUACAUUUGUAGCUGCUGAUUUAUUACUUCUGUCUAGCAGUGAACCACAUGGUCUCUGUUACAUUGAAACAGCUGAGCUUGAUGGUGAGACUAACCUAAAAGUACGUCAGGCUUUACCAGUUACUUCAGAACUUGGAGCAGAUAUUAGAAGGCUUGCAGAAUUUGAUGGUGUUGUUGUCUGUGAACCUCCUAACAACAAGCUGGAUAAAUUCACAGGAGUUCUUUUCUGGAAAGAUAAUAGGUACUCGCUCAAUAAUGAAAAGAUGCUGCUACGAGGUUGUGUGUUGAGAAACACAGGCUGGUGCUUUGGAAUGGUUAUUUUUGCCGGCCCUGACACUAAAUUAAUGCAAAACAGUGGUAGAACUAAAUUUAAAAGAACAAGCAUUGACCGGCUGAUGAAUACUUUAGUAUUAUGGAUCUUUGGCUUUUUGGUAUGUAUGGGAAUAAUUCUGGCAAUAGGAAAUUCAAUAUGGGAACAACAGGUUGGGGCCCAUUUCAGAAUUUACCUUUAUUGGAAUGAAGUGGUGAACAGUUCUGUAUUUUCAGGAUUUCUCACAUUUUGGUCGUACAUUAUCAUACUCAAUUCAGUUGUUCCUAUUUCCCUGUAUGUGAGUGUGGAAGUUAUUCGACUUGGUCACAGCUAUUUUAUAAAUUGGGAUCGUAAAAUGUAUUACCCCAAAAAAGACACACCUGCUGAGGUUUGGACUACCACACUCAAUGAAGAGUUAGGACAAAUUGAAUAUAUUUUCUCAGACAAAACAGGAACAAUCACUCAAAACAUAAUGACUUUUAACAAAUGCUCCAUUAAUGGAAAAACAUAUGGUGAUGUAUAUGAUGACCUGGGCCGGAAAACAGCAAUUAAUGAGAAAACAGUGCCAGUGGAUUUUUCAUUUAACCCACUAGCAGAUAGAAAAUUUCAAUUUUAUGAUCACAGCCUGAUUGAAUCCAUUAAACUAGGAGACUCAGUGGUACAUGAGUUCUUUAGGUUGCUUUCUCUCUGCCACACAGUCAUGUCUGAAGAAAAAAAUGCAGGUGAAUUGAUUUACCAGGUGCAGUCACCAGAUGAAGGUGCUCUAGUAACCGCUGCCAGAAACUUCGGUUUCAUCUUUAAGUCUCGGACCCCAGAGACCAUCACUGUGGAAGAAAUGGGCAAACUUGUUACAUACCAGCUCUUAGCAAUUCUGGAUUUUAACAAUAUCAGGAAAAGGAUGUCUGUAAUAGUUCAAACCCCAGACGGGCAGAUAAAACUUUAUUGCAAGGGAGCAGAUACUAUUUUAUUUGAGAGGCUUCAUCCCUCCAAUGAAGAAUUAAUGGAUUUGACAUCAGAUCAUCUUGAGGAGUUUGCUGGAGAAGGCCUUCGGACCUUAGCCCUUGCAUACAAAAACUUGACUGAAGAGCACUUUAAAGAGUGGUUUAAAAUACUUCAGGAGGCAAACACUUCACUUGAUAGCAGGAAUGAACAUCUUGCUGCAGCAUAUGAAGAGAUUGAAAAAGACAUGAUGUUACUAGGUGCUACUGCUAUAGAAGACAAGUUACAAGAAGGAGUUACAGAAACAAUUGCCAGUUUAUCACUAGCUAACAUUAAGAUCUGGGUUCUAACAGGAGACAAGCAAGAAACUGCCAUGAACAUUGGUUAUUCCUGCCACAUGCUCACUGACACCAUGAAUGAGAUUUUCAUAGUGGCUGGUCACACGGUAAUGAAAGUGCGUGAAGAACUCAGGAAAGCGAAAGAACAUUUGUUUGGACAAAGCAAAGACCUUUCCAAUGGUCAUGUAUUUUGUGAAAAAAUGCAAGAAUCAAAGCAGGGCGCAGUCUUGGAAGAAACUGUCAUUGGUGAUUAUGCAUUAGUCAUAAAUGGACAUAGUCUGGCUUAUGCACUUGAGGCUGAUCUGGAGAAUGAAUUUGUGGAAGUUGCCUGCAUGUGUAAAACUGUGAUUUGUUGUCGAGCGACUCCCUUACAAAAAGCACAAGUGGUAGAGCUGGUUAAGAAGCACAGGAAAGCAGUCACCUUGGCCAUCGGAGAUGGAGCCAAUGACAUUAGCAUGAUCAAAAGUGCACACAUAGGCAUUGGCAUCAGUGGUGAGGAAGGAAUGCAAGCAGUCUUGGCCAGCGAUUACUCCUUUGCCCAGUUCAGAUACCUUAAGCAGCUCCUGCUUGUUCAUGGCAGGUGGUCCUAUUUCAGAAUGUGCAAGUUCUUGUGUUAUUUCUUCUACAAAAACUUUUCCUUCACUCUGGUGCAUUUCUGGUUUGGCUUCUUCUGUGGCUUCUCAGCUCAGACUGUUUAUGACCAGUGGUUUAUUACCCUCUUCAACAUUGUCUAUGCUUCACUGCCUGUACUAGCUAUGGGUUUGUUUGACCAGGAUGUGAAUGAGCAGAAUAGCAUGGAUUAUGCGAAACUCUAUGAACCUGGGCAACUAAAUCUACUAUUCAAUAAACGCAAAUUUUUCAUCUGUAUAGCACAUGGAGUCUACACCUCUUUUGCCCUUUUCUUCAUCCCUUAUGGAGCAUUUUAUAACACAGCUGGUGAAGAUGGAAAACACAUUGCUGACUACCAGUCUUUUGCUGUCACAGUUGCAACAUCUUUAGUUAUUGUAGUCAGUGUUCAGAUAGCCUUGGAUACCAGUUAUUGGACUGCCAUCAAUCGUUUUUUCAUCUUGGGUAGUAUAGCUGUGUAUUUUGCCAUUUUAUUUGCAAUGCACAGUGAUGGGAUUUUUGUUAUAUUCCCAAACCACUUUCCUUUUGUAGGAAAUGCCCGUAAUUCCCUGAGCCAGAUAAGUGUUUGGCUUGUCAUCCUCUUGACUACUGUGAUUUCAGUCAUGCCUGUAAUAACAUUCCGAUUUUUGAAGGAAGAUUUAAAUCCAACGCUAAUUGAUCAGGUUCGGAAGUUGCAGAAGGCUAGAAGGAAGCAGAAACCAUUACAGAACUACAUGCGUCAGGUGUCCAGAAGAAGCUCAAGAAGAUCUGCAUAUGCUUUUUCUCAUCAAGAGGGCUUUGGGGAACUUAUAACAUCUGGAAAGAAUAUGUGAGUCAAUAAUUCACAUCAAACAUCAGAGUUAGCUAGGACCAUGCAUAAUAGCAUCAGUUGGAUUGAGAAUUUACGGAAGAAAACAGCAGAGACAGUGAACAGCUUCAGUAGUGACAGAACUGUGAAACUGUGAGUCAAAGAAGAAAACAAAAGUUUAUUUUAAAAAACUGUGGCCAUAUCUUUGCACUGUUUGCCACUUUGUAAACAUUAAGCAUAAAAUUUCCACAUGUGCUGAGUACUAUAGCGGAAGUGUCUAACCCACCAUAUUUUACAGCAUGUUCAAGAAUGUUGUCAGCACACAAUAUUUUCAAAGGGAAUCUCUUGUUUUUUUUAAUUUUUUCCUUUUUCUGAAAAGCGUUUACCAUAGCAAAACAAUGUGUGUAGAUACUUCAAGAGGUUGGACUAUCCAUGAGAAUAUCUGUAAGAAAUUUCCCUCAAAGUUAAGGGAAAAUGCAGUAUUCAAAUACUUGAAUUAGUCAUAUAUUCCAGUAUAAUUAUUUCAUACUGCUGAAGUCAAGGGCAUUUAAAAAAAUGGUUAGAACGAAACCAUGGUAAAAAGUCAUUAACCUCUUUUUAACUGACUUGUAUUUAUUUAAACAAUAUAAAAGUUUCAAAGUCAAAUGAUUUCAGGGUGUAUAUUUUUAAUAUUUGAAAUUAAGUUUUUAAAUUGUUUAUAAA